AUGAAUUUGAUGGUAAUGUCUUAAUUUCUUAUUAUAAGUGCAGCUGACGAUUGGAAUUAAAUAUCGAAAGAAGCCAAGAAUCUAAUUAAUAGAAUGUUGCAUGUAAAUCCAAAUUUCAGAAUAUCAGCCAAAUAGGCUUUGAGUGAUGCCUGGAUUGUAAAGCAUUGCUCAUAAACUACUACAAACCUCAAUGUUAAUUUGAGAGUACUUUAGAAUCUCUAAAAAUUUUAAGUAUUCUUUAUUAUUUAUUAGGCUAAAUCCAUUUUUUCUUAGGCUGUUUUAUCAUAUAUUGCUUGUUAAAUGACAAAUCAAUUAGAAUAAGAUGAAUUACUUAAAACAUUCCAAAGUCUCGAUAAGAAUAAUGAUGGAAUAUUAUCAAGGGAAGAAUUAAUAGAAGGAUACAAUACAAUCUAUUAAGAUAAGGAGAAAGCAGAAUAAGAAGUUAUUAAAAUUUUGCAAUUGAUAGAUUUGAAUCAAAGUGGUUAAGUAGAUUUUUCAGGUUUAUAUGAUUUAUUUAUAUAUUUAGAAUUCUUGAUGGCAGCUAUGAAUUAAGAGAAGUUGGUAUCUUUAUAGAAGGUCAAGGCAGCAUUUAAAGUUUUUGAUGCAAAUGAUGAUGGCAAGAUCUCUAAAUAAGAAUUAGAAUAAAUGAUUGGAACUUUAGAUUAAGAAUUAUGGGAAUAAAUUCUUGAGGAAUGCAAUGCUCAAGAGUUCAUUACAGAAAAAGAAUUUAUUAAUAUCUUACUUCAUUAAAAAAUUUGA